AUGCAGGGCAAGAAGCCGGGAGGCGGCGGCGGCGAGCGGCAGGCGGACGAGGCGCCGCCGCCGGGCUCCAAGAAGCGCCGGAAGAAGAGCUCGUGCUUCUCCAGCAUCCAGAUCUUCCUGGUCUCCGAGUGCGCCCUCAUGCUGGCCCAGGGCACGGUGGGCGCCUACCUGGUGAGCGUCCUGACCACGUUGGAACGAAGAUUCAACCUCCAGAGUGCCGACGUGGGCGUGAUCGCCAGUAGCUUCGAGAUUGGGAACUUGGCUCUCAUCUUGUUUGUGAGCUACUUUGGCGCCAGGGGGCACAGGCCCCGUUUGAUCGGAUGUGGUGGGAUUGUCAUGGCUCUGGGAGCUCUUCUCUCGGCUCUUCCCGAAUUCCUGACCCACCAGUACGAAUACGAAUCGGGAGAGAUUCGGUGGGGGGCCGAAGGGAGGGACGUGUGCGUGGUCAAUGGUUCUACCAGAGACGAGGGACCAGACCCGGAGCUCAUCUGUAGGAACCGGACUGCUACAAACAUGAUGUACUUGCUUCUCAUUGGAGCGCAGGUUCUCCUAGGGAUUGGUGCUACCCCUGUGCAACCUCUCGGAGUUUCCUACAUCGAUGACCAUGUGAGACGGAAAGAUUCUUCCCUGUACAUAGGGAUCUUGUUUACAAUGCUGGUGUUCGGGCCAGCCUGCGGUUUUAUCUUGGGCUCUUUCUGUACCAAAAUCUAUGUGGAUGCAGUCUUCAUUGACACAAGCAAGCUGGACAUCACUCCCGACGACCCGCGGUGGAUCGGCGCAUGGUGGGCGGGCUUCCUCCUCUGCGGUGCCUUACUCUUCUUCUCCUCCCUUCUGAUGUUUGGCUUCCCGCAGUCCCUGACCUGCCGGCCGGAGCACUUGGCCGAGGCCGAAGAAGCCAUGCUCCCGGACCAGGACUACGAGAGGCCCAAGCCGAGCAACGGGGUCCUCCAGCAGCACUCCCUGGACCCAGACGACGGCAGUUCUUGUCUCCAGCAGCUGAGAGUGAUCCCAAAAGUCACCAAGCACCUGCUCUCCAACCCGGUAUUCACCUGCAUCGUCUUGGCUGCAUGUAUGGAGAUCGCCGUAGUCGCCGGUUUCGCAGCCUUCCUCGGGAAGUAUCUGGAACAGCAGUUCAAUCUCACGACGUCGUCAGCCAACCAGUUGCUGGGCAUGACGGCGAUUCCGUGUGCCUGCCUUGGCAUCUUCCUGGGGGGGCUUUUGGUCAAGAAGCUGAGCCUCUCCGCCCUCGGAGCCAUCCGGAUGGCCAUGCUGGUCAACCUGGUGUCCACGGCCUGUUACGUCUCUUUCCUCUUCCUGGGCUGCAACACGGGGCCCGUGGCUGGCGUUACUGUUCCCUAUGGAAACCACUCUGCACCAGCCUUGGCCUUGGCCCCGAACUCUGCCUGCAAUAACGACUGUAAAUGCCAAACCGAUUCCUUCACUCCAGUCUGCGGGGCAGAUGGGAUCACCUACUUAUCCGCCUGCUUUGCUGGCUGCACUAGCACGAAUCUCACUAGCUGCGCAUGCCUCAGUUUGGUCCCCGCCGAGAAUGCCACGGUCGUUCCCGGGAAGUGCCCCAGCCCGGGUUGCCAAGAAGCCUUCCUGACAUUCCUCUGCGUGAUGUGUGUCUGCAGCAUGAUUGGCGCCAUGGCGCAGACCCCCUCCGUCAUCAUCCUCAUCAGAACAGUGAGCCCAGAGCUGAAGUCUUACGCUUUGGGGGUCCUCUUCCUCCUUCUCCGUCUGUUAGGUUUUAUCCCACCCCCUCUGAUCUUUGGAGCAGGAAUUGACUCGACAUGCCUGUUCUGGAGCACAUUCUGUGGCGAGCAAGGGGCGUGCGCGCUUUACGACAACGUCGUCUACAGACACCUGUACGUGAGCAUCGCAAUAGCCCUGAAGUCCUUUGCGUUCCUCCUCUACACCACCACCUGGCAGUGCUUGAGAAAGAACUAUAAGAAAUACAUCAAAAACCACGAAGGGGGACUCAGCACGAGCGAGUUCUUUGCCUCCACUUUGACCCUGGACAACUUGGGGCGGGACUCCAUCAGUCAGAACCCGGCUCACAGGACAAAAUUUAUCUACAACCUCGAAGAUCACGAGUGGUGUGAAAACAUGGAGUCGGUUUUAUAGUGACCGCAGGAUUGUGUCCAUCACCCAAGGAUCCUUUUUAAAGUUAAAAGAGAGAGAGAGGGGGAAAAAAAAUAAUAUAUGAGAAGAGGGUGUUUUGGAAACGACAAGCCUCGUGGCAGCCUGCACUACAUUGUUGAGAAUUGCCAGAAUUUUCCAAAAUGCCCUCGUACGUUACCAAGAGGGUGGAGAGAGACCUCUGUCCUCUUCCUGAGAAGCAGACCUAGGCGAGAUUCAGGAGAGCAGGAUAAUUCGUCAAAUUCCACUCAAGAAACGGAGAAAACCAGAAGCUGUACUUCAAGAUAACAGAUGCAUCGGCCGGGGGGGCGCGACGAACGGGUAUUUGGAGAGUUUCACCGUUUUGUGGGAGAGAUGAGCAGAUGGACAUUUUUGGGGUAAAAAAUGUAAAAAAAAAAAAUCAUUAUCGUACAAAACCCCGACAAACCAGGAGUAGACAUGAACCUUAGCGGGACACUCACGUACCCCACCUAGGGGUGGGUGAUGGAGUGUCACUUUUGCAAUACAAGCUAUCAGUGCAUAGCUAAA